AUGUCCCAGAAUGGCGGCGAUGCAUCCAAAGCGUCGUCGCCGGGGCGCCCUCGUCAUCAAAUAAAGAGGUCUAUCUCCGAGAUCUCGUCGCCAAUCCGCCUGCAUCGCCAUCACUCGCAUCGCGCAGCAAGAGAGACCGAGCGGGAUUCGCGCACCCCAGCCCCGCAGUCGGCGAUACCCGUGGUGCAAGGCAGCCGCUCAUUCGAAUGGUCACGGUCCGAGGGGGUGACCCCAAUUCACACUCCGAGCGCCAGCCGACGUACGAGUCUUCUCUAUGCGUCAGCCGAUGAAGUGAUGCCAACGACCACCAAGGCGGGCUCGAAGGAUAAUGGGCCGGUCAACGGACUAUCCAAGGAGCAGCAGAAAGCUUCUGCACGAGAGAGUGGCUUACAACGAUCUCUCGCCGAGCUUGAGUGCUUUGCGACCUCGACGACGAAACAGCUCGACAACACGUACUAUGGGUUUCUGGAGAAGCUGGGCUCUCUACAAGGCACGGUUAUAGCACUGAAAGAGCUCUGCGAACGUUCCCGACAGCUCAACAGCAGCUUCAGCACCGAGGCAGAUGAUUUGGUCACAGAUGUAAGCGCGCAGCUCAACACAUUUGGCCAAUUUGAGGACCAGCAAAGGCGCAUAGAGUCGCUCCAGGGCCGCAUCCAAUCUAGAAGGGAGCUCAUCAGAUCGCUAGGCGAACGGGUCAGCGCCGUGAGUGUGCGGAUCGAGGGCUGGGAGCGCGCGGAUAGAGAAUGGCAGGAGAAGACAAGGAAACGUCUCAAAGUUGUCUGGGUCGUCACAUCCGUCAUUUUCUUUCUGGUCCUCUCGCUCUUCAUCGGCUCCCAGUACGCGCCUGACAGUCCAGAAACGGUAUCGCGCGUUGCAAGCGACGGUUUGGACAGUCUCAAGGAUGCCACUGGGAUAAACGCAAAAACGCCUCAGGAGAAGAGCUGGCCAUCUAACAAUACAGAUCUCCCCGGCGUCUCUUCUCCCACAUCUGAUAUGCUGAGAGCAUUCGAUGAAUUGUAG